CUCCUGCUGCUCGUGGCAGCCUUGAAGUGGGCCCCCAGGUCCCUGGAAGCCCUGCUGAGGGUCUACCACUUACUCAGAUCCACGGAGGUAGCCCUCCAGCCCCUUCUGUCUUCCCCGGAACUCGCCGUGGCCGCAGCUCAGGAGUGUCUGGGGCAGAGGUUCAGAGAACUGAAAUCCCUGGAGCCGCGGGAGCCAAAGAAGCCACCCGCCCCGAAGCCUACCCUGGGGCUGAUGCCAAGAGAAAUCGUGGCCAGUGUCAUUAACUUCGGAGCCACCUUGUUAGAGAUCUCAGCCCUUUGGCUACAGCAGGAGAUGCGGCGCCCGGGGAGCGACAACAGCAGCACGGGCCCAGCUGCAAACGCCUGCCAGGCAGGGCAGGGGGCUCUGCGAGCAGGCGCUGUGGGCUCGAGCUUCGGGCUCCUGCUCCAGGGCGCGUGGUUGUGCCAAUGUGGAUGGGGUCUGCAAGGGUCCACCUCAUUUACUCUGCAGCAAUGUAGACGCCGGCUUGGCCUCAAAAUCCCCGGGGAACCCGUGAGUUCAGGAUGGGGAGGUGUUAGGGGCCAGAGGUGGCGCGGUUGGAGGCACUGA